CCCGGAGACCCUCGGCAGCGAUUGGCUCCAGCUGUUGCCGCUCAUCCGCCGGACCGCAGGUCCCGCCUCCACCGUGAUCAGGUUAGUGUGCGCCGCGGGUGCUGGGGGCUCGAGAACCGAGCGGAGCUGGUUGAGCCUUCAAAGUCCUAAAACGCGCGGCCGUGGGUUCGGGGUUUAUUGAUUGAAUUCCGCCGGCGCGGGAGCCUCUGCAGAGAGAGAGCGCGAGAGAUGGACAUGGACAAACGGAUUCAUUUAGAGCUGCGGAACAGGACGCCCUCUGAUGUGAAAGAGCUCGUCCUGGACAACUGCCGGUCGAUUGAAGGCAAAAUCGAAGGCCUCACAGAUGAGUUUGAAGAACUGGAGUUCUUAAGUACAAUCAACGUAGGCCUCACCUCAGUCGCAAACUUACCAAAGUUAAACAAACUUAAGAAGCUUGAACUAAGCGAUAACAGAAUCUCAGGGGGCCUGGAAGUAUUGGCAGAAAAGUGUCCGAACCUCACGCAUCUAAAUUUAAGUGGCAACAAAAUUAAAGACCUCAGCACAAUAGAGCCACUGAAGAAGUUAGAAAACCUCAAGAGCUUAGACCUUUUCAAUUGUGAGGUAACCAACCUGAACGACUACCGAGAAAACGUGUUCAAGCUCCUCCCGCAGCUCACGUAUCUCGAUGGCUACGACCGGGACGACAAGGAGGCCCCCGACUCGGACGCCGAGGGCUACGUGGAGGGCCUGGAUGACGACGAGGAGGACGAGGAUGAGGAAGAGUAUGACGAAGAUACUCAGGUAGUGGAAGACGAAGAGGAUGAAGAGGAGGAGGACGAGGGAGAGGAGGAGGACGUGAGUGGAGAAGAGGAGGAGGAUGAAGAGGGUUAUAACGACGGGGAAGUAGACGAUGAGGAAGAUGAAGAAGAUGUUGGUGAGGAAGAAAGGGGUCAGAAGCGAAAACGAGAACCUGAAGAUGAGGGAGAAGACGAUGACUAAGUGGAAUAACCUAUUUUGAAAAAUUCCUAUUGUGAUUUGACUGUUUUUACCCAUAUCCCCCCGCCCCGAAAUCCCGCCCCCUGAAACUUAUUUUUUUCUGAUUGUAACGUUGCUGUGGGAACGAGAGGGGAAAAGUGUACUGGGGGUUGUGGGGGGAGGGAGGGCGGGAGGGGGUGGAAUAAAAUACUAUUUUUACUGCCACUCUUUAUUUUUUUCCCCUACUUUUUCUUUGUGUCUGGUUUGGUCCCUGUAAAUGCGAUAGCUGAGUACACACCAAGUGAGCAUUUGUUCCUGACUCUCAAAAGAGGACGGUUUGGAGGGCUCUCCCAUUUCCUGGUAUUUCCCGAGUCUCUGGAAUGGGUUGGAAGGUCAUGGCUGGCCUCCAUGUGGUUUCUCAAAAGCCCCGGAGGGGCUGAGUGAGCACCAGCCCACAUCUUACCUCUUGUUCUGGUUCUCGUGAUUCCUGCAUUUCUUAGGCCGGCUAGAGGCAUCCAAGGCCCUGGUUUGUAAAUAGCAACCUAAAGGCGGAUUUUGGCACUGGUUGGGGGACAUUCCCCGUCUCUCAUUUCUUUCCUCCUUCACAGAUGGUGGUGGGCUUUGCUCCCCGAAGAAGACUCUGAUGUCACUGUUCAGAGCUAUGAGCCAGAGAGCCGAAAACAGCAGGCUUAGGAGUCAGGAGUAAAAUGGAGUUGGUAAUUAUAAUUAAAAGAGAAGCAGCAAACUCUCCAACUUCAACCUCUUUAAAAGAUUUAAAAAAAAAAAAAAACUGUCCUAUCUUGUUCUGUAAAAUAUUAGAACGCUUUGUUUUACAAAAAUGACCAGAGAAUUCCUCCACGUGUACUUCUGUGCUUAGACCGUUUUUACAGACCUGAGCGCGGGAGACGCUGCUGCAUGUCGGCUGGGUUUCUUUUCAUACACCCGAGCACGGAAAAAACUAACGCAAAAUUGUAUUUUCUUACCUAGUGGAAAUCUGAAAUGACUGCAAAUUCCUAGUGAAUGUACAGGUUUGCUUUCAUGUCCCUCUUCUGGAUUGCUUUAGAAGUGACGUGUGAUUUCCUAGCCCAUGUUUCAUCUGUAUAAAAGAACAUCUGCACCAGUUUCUCUCCUCCCCCUCAGAAGAGCCAAACUUUUGAGUUUUAUGUCUGUUUGUCAUUGAUAAAUUUCAAUAAAUCUUUUUAUACAAUUUU